UCCCUUCACCCCUUCUCCCCCCGCCUCCCCAAGCCUGGAACCAGGAGUCUUCCGGCGCUCCUGGCGGACGUAGCCUUUAACUAUAACUCCUAGUUGGAGUUACCGGCGCGCUUGAACUGAGCUUAUUAUAACGCAAGACACAACACUGCCCUCUCCCAGAGACAGACAUAACACAGAUAGAAUGUUACCUAGGUCCUGAAGCUCGGCCUACGUACCCGCCUCCCCCAGCCGGGGAGACAGUCCCACAAACUGGGGUGGAGUUAAGCAAGCGCGAAAGCUGACUCGAAAAGGUCUCUCGAACCACUGAAACUUCUGGGAAAUGUAGUCCACAAUCAGAAGAGCGGACGACCGACCAAUACCGACCGAUUCCGUCGGGGAUUGAGCCCGGGCUUGUUGGCGCCCAGGAGACCUCUGGGAGUGCUAGCCAGCCCAAGAAGUGCGCAGGCGCAGAAUUCGUGGCUCGCCAUCGUUGUCUUUGUCUGCUGGCCAGCUUCCCUGUGCAUCCCCAGGAGCUACACUUUCUUUAUCCUUCAAAACCUUUGAGGAUCCUAAGGACCCAGUCUAAAUUCUGGGAUGCUGCUUUGACCCUCAACAAUCACAUCCGAAUCGUAUGUCAGUAUUUCGAGUUUUAAAUCCAUCAGUUCAAACAAGAAGAGCAAUGGAUGUUUGAGGAAGGAAUGUAAAGGAGGUGUUCUCCAGGGGAGUGAGACAGAACCCAGCAGAAAAGGCCUGGGAAUUUUCUAAAUAAAUAAAGGCACAACAGGAAAGACAUGUGAGUUAAGUCUCAUCCUUCUCCAGGAAUAUACAGCUAAGGAAAAACUCUGAAAACCUAAGUAGGAGGAAAGUAUUUACUCUGAGCACAGACACUGAUUCUUUAAGACUACUCCUCUAUGUACAGGAUUCAGUUCAAAAGAGUUUGGAACAUAAUUUACACUUAAAUAUGAAAGAAGCUACCUAAGAAAGAACCAUUGAGAAUAUAAUAAGGAUGCUGUGUUUCAUCCCAAUUUAAUCAUCUGUUCUCAGGACUACCUGUGUGAAAAGUUUUCCAUCAUAAAUUCAACUUCAUUAGAUACAGAAUUAUUAUUGGAGAGAAACUAUAUGAAUUUACUGAAUGUGGAGAAGCUUUCAUCCAUGUCACGUGUGAAGAGAUACUAAGGAAUUCUAGUUGGAGAAAAUAUCUGUGCAUGGUAAGAAUGUUGGAAAGCCUUCAGCCUGAAUCGGAUCUCCUUCAGCCUGAUCAAAUUCAUACUGGAGAGAAACCUUAUGAGUGUAAUGAAUGUCGAAAAACAUUUAGCCUGAAGCAGAAUCUCAUAGAGCAUAAGAAAAUACAUACUGGAGAGAAAUCACAGCAAUGUCCUGAAUGUGGUAAAGUAUUCUCUCGAAUCUCAUCCCUUACUCUGCAUUUGAGAAGUCAUACAGGAAAGAAACCAUAUAAAUGUAAUAAGUGUGGAAGAGCCUUCAGCCAGAAGCGAAACUUGCUUUCUCAUCAAAAACAUCAUACUGGAGAGAAAACUUAUGAAUGUGGGAAAGCUUCUAUUCAGACACCAAGCCUCAUUAAGCACCAGAGAAAUCAUAUUGGAAACAAACCCUAUGCAUGUAAGGAGUGUGGCAAAGCCUUCAGUGGCAAGUCAUAUCUUGCUGAGCAUGAGAACAUUCAUACAGGAGAGAAACCAUUUGAAUGUAAUCAAUGUGGAAGAGCAUUCAGCCAGAAGCAAUACCUCGUUAAACAUCAGAAUAUCCAUAGUGGAAAGAAACCCUUUAAAUGUAAUGAGUGUGGAAAAGCCUUUAGCCAGAAGGAAAACCUCAUUAUCCAUCAAAGAAUACAUACUGGAGAGAAACCUUAUGAAUGUAAAGGGUGUGGAAAAGCUUUCAUUCAGAAGUCAAGCCUCAUCAGACACCAGAGAAGUCAUACAGGAGAGAAACCCUAUAUAUGUAAGGAAUGUGGGAAAGCCUUCAGUGGCAAAUCAAACCUUACUGAGCAUGAGAAAAUUCAUAUUGGAGAGAAACCCUAUAAAUGUAAUGAAUGUGGAACAAUCUUUAGGCAGAAGCAGUACCUCAUUAAACAUCACAACAUUCAUACAGGAGAAAAACCCUAUGAAUGUAAUAAAUGUGGAAAAGCCUUCUCUCGAAUCACAUCACUUAUUGUACAUGUGAGAAUUCAUACAGGUGAUAAGCCUUAUGAAUGUAAAAUAUGUGGGAAAGCUUUCUGUCAAAGUUCAUCUCUUACGGUGCAUAUGAGAAGCCAUACAGGUGAGAAGCCCUAUGGUUGUAAUGAAUGUGGGAAAGCUUUCUCUCAGUUCUCAACUCUUGCUCUGCAUAUGAGAAUCCAUACUGGAGAAAAACCUUAUCAGUGUAAUGAAUGUGGGAAAGCUUUUAGCCAGAAGUCACAUCAUAUUAGACACCAGAGAAUUCAUACUCAUUAAAACUCUAUGAAUGCCUUGAAUUUAGGAAAACCUUCAACAGAAUUCAUACUAAGCAGUAUAUCAGAAAAAUUAUUUUACAGUAAAGUGAUGUGAAUGUGGAAAAUCCAUCAGCAACAACUCAAACUUAAAAUACUGAGAAUUUAAUAACUAUCAUAGUAUCUUGAAAUUCUACACUCCCAGAACCCUCAGAACCAACACUGUUCAUGCUGUAGUUUUAGGAGCAUUCUCAUUAAAAUGAGGAAGGCCCCAGUUCUGGACACUAAUCACCAUGGUUCUGGAAGGCCUACCUGAUGCAUUCAGAAAAAGAUAUGAGAGGUAUAAUGAUGUGAAAUUAAGAGACAGAAUUAUCAUCUUUUUGUUAUGUUUUGCUACAUGUACAAUCAUCAAAACUAUUUGCUCUUGAUGCAGUUGUAGAAAACAAAGAUUGUGAUAGAAUAUUGUUUUCAGAAACAUGCAUGUUUGUAUGGGGAAUUGGCAAUUUAUAGAGGUGGUAAUCACAAAUGGGCAGGAAAAUCAUGGAUGAUUCAAAAAAUGGUCUCAGGGCAAUUGACUCUUCAUUGGAAAAAUAUUAGGUCUUUGCUAUUGUCAUACAUUAAAGUAUUUAUUAUGACAUCCGAAAGCAUUUAAGACUAGAGUGCAAAAAGCAAAACUUAGUAACAUAAGAAUUUUAUAGGAGAAUUUUUUUCAAACCUUGGGGUAGAAAAGAAUCUCUAAAAAUAGAUUCCAGAUUCCUGCUCUUGAGUAUAUAUACAUAUACCCAAGUAACUGAUACAUGUACACAGGGAAUCAUGUACCUUUAUGUUCAUUGCAGCAUGAAUUAUAUUAGCAAAAAAUUGGAAAGAGAUGUCUGUCACUUGUGAAAUGGAUGAAUAAAAUGUGAUAUAGAACGUUCUCUGGCAGUUAAGUAUAACAAAUCAAAUUUAUAUGUAUUAACAGAAAGAUCUGAAAAAUCACAUAGAGUGAAAAAAAGAAGUGAUGAAUAUAUUAUAAUCAUACAUGUGUGAAUUUGAAUUAACACUAACCAACACUACUAUUAAAGCAUUGGUUAUGGAUGAACAUUUUUAUGUAAAACUAUGAAGAACAGAUCAGAAGGAUUCACACUUGAUUCCCUAAAGUGGUUGUCUCUAGAGAGAAAGGCAAUAGAAGGGAAAUGGGGCCAAGCAUGGUAGUUAAAUGCUACUUCAGUUUUAUAUCUAAAUACCUAUCUCAUUAAAAAGAAAGAAAGAUUCUAAGUAAAUAUAGCAAAAUGUUAGUUAAUUCUGGGUUGUAAUAAUAUAUGUGCUUAUUCUGUUGUUUAUGCUAUUUCUUUUAAACUUUGGAAAAUUUUAAAAGAUAGGGAAACGGGUAGGGAAACUAUACAGAGUACAUGUUAUAAUGGACCAACACUCCCAAAUAGAUGCUAAUAUUUUACAGCAGAUAUUUCUAAAAUCGUAUCUUUACUAUAUGAAAUAAUUUUUAAAAUUAAGAUGGUAACUUAACAAUUUCAGUUAUUUAAACUUACUCUCAAAUGUCAUAUCACUAAUCUCUGUGUGGUCGCUACUGAGAACUUACAGCAUGAUUUUGCAAGAUGAUUGGAUCAUAUACAUUUAAGGGAUCAUAUUUAAUAAUACAUGACCAGACCUAUUAGAGAGAAUUAGUUUUUACUGUAACAUUUAUCAGAAAUCUCAACAGUCCACAUAACUAGUAUUGGCAUUAGAAAUUUGACAUUUUCAUAAUGAGGAAACCAUGGUACUCUAACAUUUUUUAAUAUGCCACUGAGUAAAACUCUUGCAUUUCAGCUUCAGUUUUAAUCUGAGACUCUUUUUUUUUUUUUUCCUAAUCUCUCAGACAUAAUCACCUCAUCUCUUGUUUGUUUAUUUUCUUUGGGAAAAUAGCUCUGAAAGGGGAGAUCUCAGACCUAGACAGAAUUCUUUUAUUAAAGCAAAUCUUUUUGAGGAUUUUUAUUUAAUUCCUUUCCUCAAUUACUUGACAUAUAGAAAGCAGUUAGUGCUCUUUUGAAUAAGUGAUUAAAAAUGACUAUGUCACACUUAAACCUUAGGCUAUUUUCAAAUAUAUCAACUUCUUUUAAACUCAAAGUAAUGCUAUGCUGAUACAACUGCACUGCUUGUCACUGGCAUUUCUGAAGGUUGGUCUUGAGAUAAGAUUAAAAAUGCCAGGGGUUGAUUUUCUGAGGUUAUGUAUCCAAAUAACAUACUUGUAUAUCUAUGUGAAUUUAAAUAUCCUUUCUUUUCUUCCAUUUCUCAGUAAGCAUUCUCUCAUAUUAAGUGUUAUGCUCCUGUGCUGGUGUAGCUUUGAUGUCACCAGAGCAAUUACCAACUCUAAUGCAAACCAAACUAAGAGGAUUACAUUUUGGUGCUUAUAGAUGGCCAGGGCUAAGGCCCAGAAACAAGAAUGAUUAUCAUGGUCAGAUAGAGUAAGAUAAGCAAUUAGGAUAUGUGCUACUUUAACAUUUUAAUAGAUGCUAUCAGUAAUUUUCCAAAAGACAAGUUUCCUCUAGCCCGGCACUAGGUGAUACUAUGCUAAAUUCAUGUUUGUCUGAUGAGUAUAACCUUGCCUGCUCCUAGAUUUGCUUCUUUGUAAAUUUUCAUAUUGUUGGCCUAUUUUCCUACAAUUUCUUUUUUGUCAGUUUUGAAGACCUGUUCACAUAUUAAACAUUACAAAGUUUAUGGGUUGGUUAUAAAGAUAUUUUAAUCUCUAGAUUAUGUAUGUUACUUCUUAGGUUUUCUUGCAAGUUAUUUACUGUUUCUUUUUAUAAUAUGUAAAUAUUUAAUUCCACCUAGAAUUUAGCAUUUAAUGUCAUAUAUGAAGGUUGUUAUUUUCUUCUAGAUGGGUUUCUAGUUGUACAAGGACAAUUUGUUAAAAUAAUCCAGCUGUUAGUUUAGCAGCCAGUCACACAGCUCUGACAACUGCAUGUCCACCAUAAGCCAUCACAGAUUUGAAUUGGCAAUCAAAAAGACAGACAGAACAGUAAGUUUUAAACCAACAUUAGGUUUAUUAUUAGCUUUUCCUGACAAGACAGCAUCUUCACAGCAUAUUCAUCAGACAGUCUUUCAACUGCCUAAGCAACACAGCUUCCAGUGCCUUAGCACUGCACAGGGGAGAAGAGGUUACAAAUGGUGGGGUUCACCUCAGCCUGGGAAAUGUUAACAUCCUCAUCCAGGACAUUUUACAGUAAUCCACCAUGGCAUCUGAGGGAUUUACAGUGGUAUUUUCUUCUGGGAAACUGGUAGAAAGGCAAAUCUAAGGUCAUCUUUCCAGACAUGGGUUAGUGGGAAACGUUACUGAUCCCAUACUUUUCCUAUUCAACUGAAACUUUGCUAUGUAAUCCUUUAACCAGAUGAUCUUUUCCUCCUUCAACUAAAACUGCCUUAUGUUCUCAUUUGUACCAAGAUCUAUUCUGUGUUCUCUUGUUUCACUAAUCUAUUUUUAUAUUCCUAUACUAAUACCAUAUUAAAUGAUAGCAUUAACAUUAGCCUUACUGUAUUUUGAUACUGCAUAAUAGAGCAAGUCCCCCUUACUAUUUUUCAGUUUUAUUUGCUAAUCUAAGUUAAUUUUCUUUCUAUGUAAAUAAAGAUAGUUUUCUCGAAUUAUAAAAACCCUUUGAUACUCUAAGUGGGAGAAGUGACAUUUAGGAUAUUGUCUUUCUGUCCACCCCAAAACAGUAUGCCUUUGCAUUUAUUCAAAUUGUGAUUCAUGUCCUUCAGCAUGAGGAUUCUGAACAAAGUAAUUUGAAGCCCAUCCCUAUUUAAUACCAUUAUAUUAUAGGAGAUUUUAUCAGUUUGGUGAAUAAGGGAAACCUGUUAUGGACUGAGUGUCUGUAUCCCACCCCCGGAAUUCAUGUGUUGAAGCCGUAAUCCCCAGUGUGAUGGUUUUGAAGAUGGGUCCUUAGGAAAACUAAUUAGGUUUUGAUUAGGUCAUGAGGGAGGGACACUCAUACUGGAAAAAAAGGAAGAGAGAGAUCUCUCCAUGUGUGUAAGCACCAGGAAAAAGCCAUGUGAGCACAUAGUGAGAAAGCAGCUGUUACAACCCCGGAAUUGGACCGUCACCAAAUCUGCCAGCACUUUGAUCUUGGGACUUCCCAGCCUCUAGAACUGUAAGAAAUAAACGUCUGUUCUUUAAACUA